CACCUAAACCAAAAGUUGUGAUUUAUUUACAGGCUGUCUGUCUCACUGUUUCUGGUGUGUCCGUCUCUGUCUCGACUGUUAUAAUCUCGUUUAUCGGAUCUUCGGCACCAUGGCCUUCUUCGGUUUAACACACCUGGGCUAUCAGAACCCAGUGGGCGAUAAACUGAGAGUGAGUCCCAGAGGAGCGUCUCAUCGCCGGGACGGUGAGAUAAGCAACAGAGCGGGAUCAUCUCUUCAAGAACAACAGGGAUCCCUCAGAUGUACUGACACAUGCAACGUUUACCAUCAGCCUUUUCCCUGCAGCACUGACAUCCACCAUGGGAGUCAUGAGCGAUACAAAGAGAUGGUCAAACGGGUUCAAACACCCAGAUCCCCUGACCAGCUGUACAUAAUGCCUCUGACAGACAACCAGCAGUACGGAUGGGUGACGUCCAGGUGUCCUGAACCAUGGACCCAAGCCAAACGGUUUCCCCGAAAGAACAGUGAGAUGACAAAGUUUGUUGAAAAAAUGUCAGUGACAGACCCAGAGUUCAGCCUGUUCUGACCAACAGCCCUUUCUUCAGUUAUCACACACACACACACACACACACACACACACACACACACACACACACACACACACACACACCAGAGGCAGCGCCACUUCUGAGGAGAUUAAACUGACAGUAGAUCCACUUUUUGCCUCUCACUAAUGUUUUUUAAUGUAGUUUUUAUGGUAGUUUUAUCUAGAAAUAUAGGUUUCAACCUCUUUAGCUCACAACUUUUAUAAAGGAAGUCUGAAGGUGUCGAUAUACAAAACAUUUAAAUGCACAAUAUUUUCUGUCGUUAGGGGUCUCUCAGCCAAAACAAUGACAAACUGAGGAAUAACUUCAUUGCAGUUAGUUUCUCCCAGUUAGGAUUUCUUCAGUGUUCAAUGUUUUGAAGAUUUUUACCAAGAGCUGAAUUAUCAGCAGAGGUCUCUUCCUCUCCAAAACAAACAGACCAGGUGAUUUAAACAGGUAAAAACACAAAAUAAAGCAGUUUUGUGUUAAAAAUCUGUGCUUGUUUCUCUGAUAAUUUCAGAUCCAGACAUCUGAUAACUAAAAUCAUUCAUGUGUACAAUGUAUAUAGUUAAAAAUGAUCAAGAUAUAAGAAGCGUAUUGUAAAAUUUUGGUUCUAAACUGGUUAAAAAGUCAAUGUAUGACAGCGAUAUGAUGCCACUGUCAGGUGAUAGCAACAAUUACACACAGUUAGAUCGUGUCCUUGAUUUCUCUGGGUUUGAUCGUUGUUGGAUACUUUUGGGAAAAUGUGAUUGCACAACUCAUCAAAAUAUAGAACACAGGUGUAAUCACUUUAAGACAUUUAAAUGUGGAAACGUUACACAUAUCUCUAAGGCUGCUGAAUGGGAUAAAAAUGUCUGUAUUAAACAAGCAAAAAACAAUUUUCCCAAAAAAUUCAAAACUGAUUUCUGCAUUUAUAUUUUGCAUCAUAAGAUAAAAGUCAUCGUACCACCUCUCUUCUGCAGGUUCAAAGGCACUAAUGGACUGGUUCAUAGAGAGAGAGUGAGAUCCUACUGCCCUCUAGAGGAAGUAAAAAUAAUUACGUCGGAAUUUUGGAUGAUAGUGGUCUGCAUGUGAUUAGUUGAAAACAGAGUUUAGUAACUGGGCCAUGAGGAGGUCUUUAUUAGAGUCACAGCAGGUGUCCUGAUUUUCUAAAUUAGGAAACAUAACACUGUUUGCAGAUGGUUGCUCACACUUAUAAGCAGCAGGAAUCGAGAAACGUUGAGCUGUUCAGGAACAUUUCAUCACUCAGCAGCAAAAACAAUGUUACAUUAUUGUUCCUGAAGAAAUCUGUCACUAAUAUUUCAGUGCAGAAGGAAUGAAUUCUGAGGAGGUCAUUAAGAACACAGGCUCGUUUUCUCAGGUCAUCAAGGUAACACAAGAAGUCAAAGGUGAUCAAGCUGGAUUUGAACACUAACCCUCACCCUUCAAAAGGCAUAAAAUGUCCCAGAAAGUACUUCAUAGGCUUCAUUCAGAACAACAGAAACGUCAGAUUAGUGUGUCAAAACACCAAAGGCUGUUACUUACCAUAACUUGCCUGUAGAUGGUGCAAAGUGACACAUGUAUAUCUGUGGUACUGCUGGUCCUGCAGCUCUGCAGUUGAACACCAUUGAUUUGGUUUGGUCUCAGGGGACUUCCACCAGUGACAGCGUCCUUGUUUUGAUGGUCCAUUAAUGUGGCAUGUAGUCCAACCCUCCAUAAGUCCAAACAAGGUGGUGACCCUGCCAAAAGAGGUUAUGAGGUCUGUUUCUUUCGCAGUAAAACUGGAGACUAGUGAACAGGGAAUCUUAUGUUUCUUACAAUUACUGUCAUCUACCUUGAAGAAUACAUCUGUUUACAGGGUCACUGGAUAUUCAGUAUAAUGAUAUAAUUAUUAAAGGGACAGUUCACCCCCAAAUCAAAACUACAGUUGUUUCCUCGUACCUGUAGCACUAUUUAUCAGUCUGGAUUGUUUUGGUGUGAGUUGCCAAGUGCUGGAGAUAUUUGCCGUAGAGAUGUCUGCCUUCUCUCGGAUAUAACAGAAGGCAGCACUCAGCUUGGGGUGCUCAAAGCAUCUAAAAAUACAUUUGAAUAACUCAACAGCAAUGUCUUUUUCCAGAAAUCUCAACCCCGUUAUUCAAGAUAAUCCAUAGACCUUGUUGUGAGCAGUUUCUGUUGGAACUAUUUU